AUGGCUGCCUCGUCGGACUGCCUGGAGUCAGCGCGACAGGAAGUUACUGGAGACCGGCAAGCAAAUACCAGAAUGCGAGAGUUCAGUGGUUUCAAGGAAAUGUCUGCCUCGUCGGACCGCGCAAGUGGACGUGAUGGGAAGUUACGGGAGACCGGCAAAGGAAAUACUCGAAAGCGUGAGGAGGCUAUCGGCAAAAUUGCCGCCCUGCCCUACAGUCUCACAACCCCGACCACAUAUCGAGGCCCGCUGGCUGGUGCGCCUUCAGCCUUCGCCCUGCUCCUGCCCUCAAGCAAGCAGCUCCCAGCCAUUUGCGGCAACCACAUCAACCCUUGCCCGGUGGUCGCAGGAAGUAAUCUGAACCAGGUGUCGGGAUCUCUCUGGAAUGGUCCCGACUCCUCCGACACCGCGACCCAGGAUGUCGGAAGAAACACUAUGGAAGAAAUUGGCUGGAGCAAGAAAAAGAUUCAGGACAUUCUGAAGGUGCUGGUGUCCUACCUUAACCAUUCCAAUGGGGUCGUGCUGCCCCCAUUGAACGAGGGGAAGAAUCUCGCUUUCCUCGAGGAUCUCUAUCCUGAUCCCGGGAACACAUCUGUCCGCUUCUCCACUGGCUCCAUUCCCGGACUCUACCAGGACCUUCCAAAAGGUGCGGCCGGGCCUUCCGAUCCCCGUGGGGACCCCCUACCCUCCAUCGUUUAUGUGAACUGUGCUUGGCAUGACGAAGAGCAGAACCUGGUGGCCUAUCAGUAUCACAGGCAGAUUUUCUACCAAACCUGCCAGGUCGUCAAGCCAGGCUAUGAACUGAUGGUCUGGUACGGGGACAAGUAUGGCCAGGAGCUGGACAUCAAGUUGGGCCGCAAGUGGAAGCAAAAGCUCAGGGCAAGAACAGGAAAAAAAUCAAAGAUCUAUCCUUGUUCCUCCUGCUCUGUGGCCUUCUCCAGGCAGAAACUCCUCAGCCAGCAUGUGGACCGCAGUCACCCCUCUCAGGUCCUUCCAGGAACAUCAGCAAGAAAACACCUAAAAUCAGAGGAACCCUGCCCAGAGAAUCUCAGUCAGCAGCAGCAAGGGACCAACCCACACAGCUGGAAUGACAAAGCUGAAGGUCAAGAGGUCAAAGAAAGGUGCAAACCUUUGCUCAAAGUGAUCAGGCAGAGGAGGAUUCCAAGGGCCUUUUCCGAACCACCCAAUGGACAAAUGGGGGGCUGCAGGGAGCGUGAGAGAAUGAUGGAGGGAGAGCCCAGCACAGGCCAGAAGGUGAACCCAGAGGACACAGGCAAAUUAUCUGUGGGAGUAGGAAUGUCAAGAGCUGUAAGCGUCAAGCAAGACUUUCUUGAUGGGUCACAUCUCAUUCAGCACCAGGGGACACACUCAGGGGAGAAGCCCUAUGUUUGCGGGGAGUGUGGGCGAGGCUUCAGUGUAAACUCAGAUCUCCUCAGACACAAGAGGACACACUCAGGGGAGAAGCCCUAUGUUUGUGGGGAGUGUGGGUGAGGCUUCAGUGUAAACUCAAAUCUCCUCAGACACAAGAGGACACACUCAGGGGAGAAGCCCUAUGUUUGCAGGAAGUGUGGGUGA